UUCAAACGACUGAAAUUUUAUUUUGCGUGGUUAUGUGUAAAGUUCCGAUAUGUUUCAUGAUUCUGAAAUUUUAUUAUAUACCAUACUUUAUUUGCUAAUAUGUGGCUGUAUAGUGUAUCCGCCAGUAGAAUUCACUUCGUCCGGUUUAACUAUAUCUGCAAUAUUUUCAUCUUUUUUGAAAUCGGAGAAUGAACACUUUGUAUUGUAUCACAUUAAGCAGUCAGUUAUUACUUUGUUCAUAUAUUCCCUACUUCCUUUAGGGUAUGUGACAGGAUUGUGGUUUUUUAAUUACAGCGAAGAGAUUAUAUCACUUUGGACCUUCGACAAAUCACUACUUUGGCAGUUAUUUACAAACAGCUGCUUCAUAUUUCCGCUGCUUGCUUUAUAUCAAAUCAAAACAUGGUCAGAUGACAAUUGGAAAAACCACCCAAUUGCAGUAAACCUGUCCCGAUUCUGUAACAAUAAUGGCACUUGGCUGUCUGUUGCAUCAGAUAUUAAUGUGGAAUUUCGAAGGGUAGAUAAGAUCUCCAUUCAAACAAAUGCGGUUUCAAGAGUAAUCGCAACUGAAAAUUGGAUUCUAAAGGUAACACCUCUUACCAUUUUUGUUGCCCACCAAUCUGACGCCACUCUUAAUGCUUGUCAUACCGAUACACAUACCAUGUCUGCUGAAAAUUUUGGCCACGUUCAAUAUGUUACUAUAGAAGUUAAAUCUGCGCGAGACAAUGUUCCGCCUUUUAAGAUCCGGGUUAAUACGGCAGAUUUUAGAGAUUUGCAAGAUCGGUUAGCGAGACCUAUCACUAUAACGCCAGACAUUUUAGUUCACAAAAGUUUGAUGGAUAAGUUUGUUGAUACCUUUAGAGAAGUCGUGCAAGACAAUCCCGUGUAUAGCACCGAAGAGGAGCUGGAUAACUGCAUUGGUUGUAUGCAGAAAACCGCAAAUGUGAAACUCCAAAAAGUGUGUACGGAUAAUACUGGUGAUAAUGCGUGUGUUACGUGCUACUGUAGACCUAUGUGGUGUAUGGAAUGUAUGGCAAAGUGGUUUGCUUCCCGGCAGGACAAUGAACGACCAGACACCUGGUUGUCGUCAAAAUGUACAUGCCCGAUGUGUCGUGCUACAUUUUGUGUAUUGGAUGUCUGUAUGGUUGAAAGUUAAUUAUAGUCUAAUUCAAACUAAGUUGUCUAUACUUCAUAUAAAUACCAUUAUCAUUUCUUACACUAUAGUUUGUGGUAUUCAAGAAUGGACAUACAGAAGAUACGAUACGGUCACACACAAUUUACUUUGAAUUGGACUAUACUUUUGAUAUUAUGGAACCAAGCAAUAGGGGGCAGGACCAAUGAAAUGACAGCUUUCUACAGGUGAUUAGAAACAUGUCAGUGUGUCAACAGACACUAGAAUCCUAUUGGUGUGGUUUCAUAAUUUAAAAAAAAAAAAGCAAGCACUUGCUUGUAUAGUGUUGAAUCUCUUAUAUUUUGUACUGUUGAAUAUAAGAAUAUUAAUCUAAAACCAAAUAUUAAAUUAAGUAUAUUUUAUUAUAAUUCAGAUAUUUGUAAAUUUGUGAAAUUGUUAUUAAAAUAUAUUUUUAACAUUGUA